ACACCAGGAGGAUGAAGACUAGCACAUGCCUCCUCUGAUACAUGUGAAUUCAGCCACCACCUCUUUUCGUACUGCUGCUGAUGCAGCGUUGCCGAGUAGCAUUACAGAAUGCUUGGAGGAAAGCACGGCGUCUCAGUUUCCGAUAAAUCAGCUCACAGACGCCUUGUGCUGAUCGACAUCAUCCUUUGGAGUGAUGUGGGGAGAGAGCACCAUCUAUCCACCCAGAGAGAGAGCAGGGCCAAUUGUGCUCUCUCAGGGCUCCAGUAGGCAAUGGCAAGCUACAUGAUGAGGAUUCAAACUGUCGAUCUCCCGAUCGUAGUGACAGCGCUUAGCCCGAUGGACCACUCAGAGCCGACUGUAAAUUUUUAAAGCAGAGUAAGCUACUACUGCUACCGACUAUGGAGAUCUACAGCCUGAGACGCAUUUUCUGGGUUCUUAUCCUCGUAAUAGGACCGAACGUGACAGCUCUGAAUUCAGAAACCGUGCUGAAAAUGGAUGAAGCAUUACUGACAGUCCAAAAUCGCAUGUCCUAUGGUGUGCAAGUUCUCUACACCUCAGAUUAUUGUUAUAAGUGUCUGUAUCAGCCGUUGGCCAGCGUGGGGCCUGGACCAGGAAAUGUGUCUGUAGUGGUGAAAACACCUUUCACUCUGACUCUGAAAGUCAACCCAGCGAACAGUAGUAGCACUGUAUGCAGCUUAAGUUACUUAUUUGAAGAGGCAGGGCAUUACUCUCUUUGGGCGAAACCUGUAGAUGCAGACCCAUCAUCCAAUGUGACCUGCUUUAUUCAAGUGGAUAAGUUUCCACACGAUGCCUAUCUGCCACUGCUGGUGGCUGUCCUAGUUCUGGCCCUUCUGGUUUUUCUGUGUCUCUCUGUGCCUUAUCUGUCCAGAUGUAGAUGCAUUUCAAAACUAAGGAAAUAUAUUUGCUGCAGCAAGUCUCAAUUCUCCCUGGAGAUGGAAGACGCUAUUGGUGAGGCAUCAAGGGACCAAGACCGACCAAAAUCAUCAUCUCGCCUUAAAUCAUUAGACACAUUCCGAGGUUUCUCCCUAACCAUCAUGGUGUUUGUGAACUACGGCGGUGGUGGAUACUGGUUCUUUCAGCACGCGCCAUGGAACGGCCUAACUGUAGCCGAUCUUGUGAUGCCUUGGUUUGUGUUCAUCAUAGGAACAUCUGUAAUGCUAGCUUUUAGCUCAAUGAGAAGAAAAGGUGUGACACGGCUUCAACUCUUGCGCAAGCUGACCUGGAGAACCGUGGUGUUGAUGCUCAUUGGCUUCUGUUUCAUGAACUACAGCCCCAGAGAUGGCUUAUUAUCCUGGUCCUGGCUGCGGAUACCCGGAGUGCUUCAGUGUCUGGCGUUCACCUACUUCGUCCUGUCACUCAUGCAGACGUUCUCUCCCAACCGAGAGAUCCCUCCAAAAGAGAUCCGCUGGUGGAGCCCUGUUCAGGACGUGGUGUUCUACUGGCCGGAGUGGCUCUUCAUUGCCCUGCUGGAAGUGGUGUGGUUAUGCGUUACCUUCCUGCUGCCUGUGCCCGACUGCCCCACUGGGUAUUUGGGAGCUGGAGGAAUAGGAGAUAACGGCCUGUACCCUAACUGCACAGGAGGAGCAGCCGCAUAUAUAGAUAGGUGGUUAUUAGGAGAUAACAUCUACUGGCAUCCCACAUGCAAGGCCCUGUAUCAUACAACGCAGCCCUUUGACCCAGAGGGUGUUCUAGGUACCAUCAAUUCUAUUGUCAUGGGAUUCAUUGGGAUGCAAGCAGGCAAGAUUUUCCUGUUCUUCCGCAAAAUGAACAGCAGCAUUCUGAUACGCUUCACUAUUUGGGCCAUCAUCCUGGGAAUCUUGGCGGCCAUCCUUUCUAAGUGCACGCGAGACGAAGGAUUUAUACCUGUCAAUAAAAACCUUUGGUCCCUGUCCUAUGUAGCCUGCAUGGGCUGCAUGUCUUUCGUGUUGCUUGGCGUGAUGUACUUUGUUGUUGACAUCAAAGGAUGGUGGGGUGGCCAACCUUUCAUUUAUCCUGGCAUGAACUCCAUCUUUGUCUAUGUGGGCCAUUCUUUGCUGGGUUUCUACUUCCCCUUCAGCUGGGAGAUGCGGUUCCAGGACAGUCACUGGGAGCAGCUCUUCCAGAGCCUUUGGGGCACGGCACUCUGGAUCCUUGUUGCAUAUCUUCUGUACCGCAAACAAUUCUUCCUUAAAAUCUAAUUUAAAAUGCUUAUUUUCCAAAUCUGGGCAUGCCAAGUGUUUGUUUGGGCUAUACGCAAAGAUUCUGAGAAAAAAAUAUUGUUAAAAGCUAACAUUAUCUCAUUGUUUUUUCCUUCACAUGAAUUAUUUUUUACAACAUA